UUGUUCUAUGAUAUUUAAUAUAAUUUUUCCAUGACUAUAGUUUGUUUUUGUAUUUUGUGAUAUUUGAAUCCUAGCAAUAUAACUUAUGAAAAUGUUGUCUUCGCUUGUUAAAGAACACAACAAACAAACAACUAAAAAGGAAAUACAAGAAACAAAGUGGAAAGAAGCAUGUGCGACAGCCAGUGACUUAACACAGGCUCUGGUAGAUCAUCUAAAUGUUGGGGUGGCGCAGGCAUAUUUAAAUCAAAAGAAACUUGAUAUUGAAUCAAAAACCCUACAUUCCAGUUCAUCCACUUUUGCAAAACAGACCCAACAGUGGUUGUGCUUGGUUGAAUCCUUUAAUAAUGGCUUAAAAGGACUGGGUGAUGUUGAAAACUGGACUAGAACAAUAGAAGAGGAGAUGAAGUUAAUAUCAGCAGCACUAGAAACAGUUUAUAAAACCAUGUGAAAUUUACAAGUGUAUAGUUAAUAUGCUUUAUCAUGGCAUAGCUUAAUUUAGAAAAAGAUAUUAAAAUAAAAUUAUUUUGUAUGCGCAAUCUAUUUCUGUUCAAAAGUGUAUUAAAUAAUUGGUUAUUAACUUCAUUAUUUUAAAAUGAUACUCUGGUCUAUAGAUAAAAGAUAAGU